GGCGUCGAGUACACUGGUAGGUGAGGUGCUUGCAGCUCUCCCGUAAACGCCGGCGAGAAUGGAGGUCAAACAAUACGACGCGCUUCAUCCUGCUUCGUAGCUAUAUAUCAAGUCAAUUCAAUGGCAUCUUUUCAUCGUUGACUGGAACAGACUGAAAUGAUCUCGAAUGAGCGUUGACAGAUCAUUGACACGGGCAGUGCUCGUCUGACCAAUUGUUGUUGAUACCUCGCUCGAGAUUCGCAGUGGUCGUCCAUUGCGCAUGAACACCAACAGCUUCAUUGAUUUCCGAAGCCACAUAAUCUGCCGGUAACGCUGCAUAUCCUCGGCUCGCUAUAUCAAGUCUCGCCUUCGUCACACCGUGAAACCGAGGGAAGGAGCCGAUCGUGUUUACCGGAGAACGUUAUAAAAGACUAGCUGGCACUUGGGCGCAUCACUGCGAUUGAACUCUAUGCCAUCUCGGUCUGGAUCGUUCGCCCUGCUUGUCUUCAUACCACUACCAUCGAUACUCAAAUGACCACUCCGAUACCCUCGCCGCCUUCCAUACCAUUCCUGGGACAUGUAGCACAACUGGACAGAGAGAUCCCUCAUUUAUCCUUCCUACUGCUGGCAGAUCAGUAUGGCGAAAUAUUUCGCUUGAAUGUAUUGACGAGAAGGGCAGUUGUCAUUAACACUUACCAUUGGUGAACGAAGUUUCGGAUGAAUCAAGGUUCACGAAAGCUGUCCCUGCUCAGCUUCAAGAGGUUCGCAGAGCGUUAGGCGAUGGGCUCUUCACGGCAUACAAAAAAGAACCAAACUGGUGAAUCGCGCACCGUCUUCUCAUGCCUGCGUUCGGAAACAUCCUCGUCCGUGACACGUUUGACGACAUGCUGGACAUUGCUAAGCAGCUUGUGCUCAAAUGGGAGCGCUUCGGUCCAACGUAUACUAUUGACCCCGCAGAAGACUUCACGCGACUCACUUUCGACACGAUUGCAUUGACGUCAAUGACAUAUCGUCUGAACUCAUUUUAUAGCGAAACUCCCCAUCCUUUCAUUCAAGCCAUGUCCGACUUCCUUACCGAAGCCGGUGCUCGUGUCAACAGACCAGCAGUCGUUACCGCUCUCAUGCGUGGGACGAACGCGAAGUACGAACAAGAUAUCAAAACGAUGGCCGAUCUUGCUGAUGAGAUCAUCGCUGAACGAAAGAAGAACCCUAUAGACAAGCCGGAUUUGCUCAAUCGCAUGUUGUAUCAGAAAGAUCCGAAAACUGGAGAAAAGUUGUCUGAUGAAAACAUCAGAUUUAACCUUCUAACGUUCUUGCUUGCUGGUCAUGAGACGACAUCUGGCACCCUCACAUUUGCGCUCUACCAUAUCAUGAAGAACCCCGAAGUCAUGCGCAAGCUUCGUGUAGAAGUAGACGAAGUUCUUGGUGACGAGACCAUCACGCUGAACGACUUGAGCCGACUGAAGUACAACCUCGCUACCAUCCGAGAGGCUCUUCGUCUCAACGUGCCGACCGGUCUGCGAACUGCUGUAGCGCUUGAAGAUACUGUUAUCGGCGGUGGCAAAUAUUUCAUCGAGAAAGGUCUCAAUGUCGUAGUCAACUCUUGGAAGGCCCAAACAGACCCUAAGGUCUGGGGUGAAGAUGCUCAGCUAUUCCGACCUGAACGCAUGAUGGAUGGCAAGUUUGAGGCAUAUCCACCGAAUGCGUGGCAACCUUUUGGAUACGGAUCGCGGGCUUGUAUUGGCCGCGCAUUGGCCAUCCAGGAAGCUCAAAUCGCACUCGCGUGCAUCAUCCAAAAAUUUGAUUUCGCGAUGAAGGACCCCUCAUACGAACUCAAACUCAAACAAACCAUGACACUCAAACCUGCAAACUUCUACGUUCACGCUAUCCCUCGUACUGCUAACAAAACAAAGAGAGUUCCGAGGCCUAUUGUCAAGGCUGUCCUGGAGAAGGAUAAGAAAACCGAAGCUUCUGCUGGUGUGUCGAAAUCGAAGUUGUCUGAGAGUGCGCCGCCUUUGUAUGUGUUGUAUGGCUCGAAUGCUGGCUCUUCGGAGAGCUUUGCUCAACGCAUCGCCUCCGAUGCUGCAAAGUAUGGGUUCCGAGCCAGCUUCGCAACGCUUGACUCAGUUGUCAACAACUUGCCUCCUGAUGGUCCCAUAGUCAUUGUUACCGCCUCUUUUGAAGGUGAACCUGCAGACAACGCCGCUCACUUUGUCAACUGGCUCAGCAACCUCAAAGAACAACUCAACAACGUUCGCUAUGCCGUCUUCGGAUGUGGAAGUCGUGAUUGGGCUCGAACGUACCAGAAAAUUCCAAAACUCAUUGAUGCUACGCUUGAAGAACGUGGUGGUCAACGUCUUUUACAAAGAGGUGAAGGCGAUGCAUCGACGUUUGAGUUCUUCUCUUCCUUUGAUGACUGGAGUGGGAAGUUGUGGAAGGUCCUUUCUGAGGAAUUCCACACGACGGUAAAUGAGGACGACACGUCAACUGCUAUUGAGGUCAAGAAGAUCGAUGCUGGUACUUCACGAGCUACAGCGUUGCGUCAAUCGGAUACUGCAUUGGGAACUGUCCUCGAGAAUGCGGUCCUUACUGCGCCUGGUGCGCCUGCGAAGAGGCAUAUCGUCAUUGAGUUGCCGGAGAAUAUGCAAUACCGGGCUGGGGAUUACCUUGCAAUUCUUCCGACCAAUCCGAUUCGCAGUGUGCACAGAGCAAUUGCUCGAUUUGGGCUCUCAUCGGAGCAGCAGGUUACGCUAUCAUCUGCAGGACCAACUUCUCUACCUGUCAAUCAACCUAUCACUACCUUCGACUUAUUGUUAGGAUAUGUCGAGCUUUCGCAACCAGCGACGACUCGAGACCUUCACACUCUGUUCCACGCAGAGAGUAGCGAGUCCACCAAGCAGGCCCUGAAGGAAUACAUCAAUUCAUACGAAAAGAUCCAAGAGCGGCGAUUAUCUGUCCUCGACGUUCUCGAAGACUUCCCGGACAUCAAAUUACCUCUUGGUGUCUUCUUGACAAUGCUUCCCUCGAUGCGACUGCGUCAAUACUCUAUUUCAUCAUCAUCACUGUGGAACCCAGCUCAGGUGUCGCUCACAGUCAGCAUCCUUGAUGCACCAUCCAUCUCCGGUCGUACGGAACCAUUCCUCGGUGUCGCCUCAACAUACCUCGCCCACCUCAGACCAGGAACAAAAGUACAAGUUUCGGUACGAAGUUCAUCUGCGGCAUUCCACCUACCACAAGAUCCGACGACGCCUAUCGUUAUGUUUUGUGCCGGUACCGGUCUUGCUCCUAUGCGAGGUUUUAUCCAGGAUCGUGUCUAUCAGAAGAAGGCUGGUAGAGACAUUGGCAAAGCUUUGUUGUUCUUUGGUUGUCGAAAGCCGGACGAAGACUACCUGUACUAUGAGUCUGACCUCAAGGAAUGGUCAGAGCUUGGCGUUGUUGACAUCAGGCCAGCAUUUUCAAGAAUGUCGGAAGAAUCGCUUGCUUGCAAGUAUGUUCAAGACCGCGUCUGGCAUGAUCGCGUAGAUAUUGUCGCAGCCUACGACGCUGGAGCUAAGUUCUACACAUGCGGCUCUCGAAAGAUGGCCGAAGGCGUCAAAGACGUGCUCACCAAGAUCAUCAAGGAGAAUAACAACAUUGAGGAUGAGAAGGCUGCAGCGUUAUUCGACAGAGCGUCCCAGGUUUCCAGAUAUGCGACUGAUAUAUUUGAUUAGCAUGUAGUUUUAGAUUCGUUGGGAUCUCAUUGUAGCAUAACAUCUGG